AUGGGCGCCUUGAUUGUUGAAUCGAGCAGGGUUUCGACUAGUGAAGAAGUUUUUGUUCCGAGUGAUUUCAAGGACGGCAAGAAAAAGAAGCGCCGGCCAAGGAAAUCGAAGCUUACUCUCUCAGCUUGUAGUUCCGUGAGUGAAAUGUGCACGGAUGCAUCAACCUCAUCCAAUUAUAUGGUAUCGAAUGGGCAUCAUCAUAUGCCACGUGAGUGUAAUCCGUGUGAAGAAACUAUAGAUGAAUAUACUCAUAAUCAGCAAUCACCUCCUCCCGAGGCAACUACAUUUUCCAAUUCAGUUUCUGAACCAGCUGUCAGCUUUGUGGCUGUUGAACCUGUUGAGACUGUGGUAAUUGCACGGCCGAUUGAUUAUUCAUCUCGUCGUACAUAUUUCCCUCCACAUCGGUCUGUGAAUUCUGUUAGUAAAGCAUUUGAGAAAGGUGAGCUGUUGAGAGCAUUAUUUCGUGUCAAUGCACAUAACAGACUUGAGGCUUACUGCAAAAUUGAUGGAGUCCAAACUGAUGUUCUCAUUAGUGGACCAGUAGCCCAAAAUAGAGCUAUUGAAGGAGAUACUGUUGCUAUUGUAAUUGAUCCGCCAUCACUGUGGGCGCGAAUGAAAGGGUCAAGUGAAACUCCGAGUAGUUCUGCAUCCAACUGUGAUAGUUCUCAUGAAGUUCUUAUCCAUGCCCAAGAUUGUUCCAAGGGAAAAGGCAAAGUCGCGUUGGAUUGUGACCACGCCUCUUCUAGCAAUAACAUGGUGCUUCUCGAUGACAUCAUGUGUUAUCACAAGUCUUCAUCUGGUGGAGUCGCAUCAGAUAAUGGCCAUGCAAGUGCAGUGCUCGAUUAUAAUAAUAAUUGUUGUAAUAAUGGCUAUCAACAGAAUUUUGGGGACAGCCGUGGCUCAAUGAGUUUACUGGCCAAGCUGUGCUCUUUAAUAAGUUUAUAUCCAUCAAAAAGACCGACUGGUAAGGUCGUGGCUAUAAUUGAAAGAUCCGCCCGGCGGGAAAAUGUCGUGGGCUUUCUGAGCAUUAAGCAGUGGCUGGCGAGCCGGGACACCAGGAAAAAGAACUCGAGGAAGAACAACAAAUCCCAUCCGGAUCUCAACAGUGGAUUUCUUUUGCUGACCUCGACUGACCCGAGAUUUACUAAAAUGAUGGUGCCUGUGAGGAGCUUACCUGAGAGCAUAAAAAACCGCUUGGAAGCUGGCGACCUGACGAUCGAGUCUGAUCUUGUGGCUGCCAAAGUAGUCGACUGGGCUGAAGAACGGUAUAUUCCGGAUGCAUGUGUCACGCAGGUGUUCGGAAGGGGGAGUGAUGUCGAGGCGCAAAUAGCUGCAAUCUUAUUUGAAAACGAAAUCGAUGCCGCCGAGUUUUCUCCCGAGGUGCUCUCAUGCCUUCCUGCUAUCCCAUGGGAAGUGCCGCAGAAGGAAUUUGAAAAUCGAAGGGAUUUAAGAAGCUUGUGCGUUUUCACUGUCGACCCCGCCAGCGCUACCGAUCUCGACGAUGCUCUGUCCGUGGAGAAGCUUCCGGAAGGAAUUUUUCGGGUUGGGGUUCAUAUAGCCGAUGCCUCGUAUUUCGUUCCCCCCAAUACAGCUCUGGACAUCGAUGCCCAGAUUCGGUCGACCAGCGUCUACUUGCUGAGGCGUAAAUUACCUAUGCUGCCCCCGGAGCUCUCGGAUAAUCUGGCGUCCCUUCAUCCAGGUGUGGACAGGCUUGCUUUUUCCAUCUUUUGGGACAUCAAUCGUUCGGGUGAAGUUGUGGAUCGUUGGAUCGGGCGCACGAUCAUAAGAUCGUGCUGCAAGCUCUCUUACGAGCAUGCACAGGAUAUUAUCGAUGGAUCCUUCGGUUUUCCGGCCGAGCAGUGGCCGGAGUUGCACGGCCCGUUCCAGUGGCAAGACUUGAUUACCUCUCUGAAGAGCCUUCACGAGAUCUCAUGUGUUUUGAGAGAAAACAGGUUCAAAAGUGGGGCCCUGUUGCUGGAGAGCCCGAAAGUAAUCUUCUUGUAUGAUGAAGAUGGAAUUCCAUAUGACAGCGUGGUCUCGGGUCGAACGGGCUCGAACUUUCUUGUGGAGGAGUUGAUGCUGUUAGCCAAUAGGACAGCUGCAGAAGUUAUUACAAGAACUUACCCGUCUUCUGCUCUGUUGAGGAGGCACCCAGAGCCUAAUCCUAGGAAACUCAGAGAAUUCGAAACCUUUUGCAGUAAACACGGUUUGAAAUUGGAUAUUUCGUCAUCCGGGAAUCUUCACCGCUCGUUGGAGCUCAUUAGGGGAGAACUUAAGAACGACUCGGUUUUGUUUGAUAUAUUGAUGUCUUAUGCUGCGAGGCCUAUGCAGCUAGCAACCUAUUUUUGCAGUGGAGAUUUAAAGGACACUAGCGAUUACAGUCACUAUGCUCUUGCUGUGCCGUUAUACACGCACUUUACAUCUCCUUUACGUCGGUACCCUGACAUAGUUGUGCAUCGGACAUUGGCUGCGGCUUUGGAGGCUGAGGAUGUUUACUUGAAGAGGAAAAUAAUGGCGGGAAAUGUGGAGAAGGUGAAUAAUAGAUGUUUCAGUGGCGUUUACUUUGAGAAAGAUGAAAUCGAGUCUGUUGAAGCACGAGAAGCUCUGUCUUUGGCGGCUGUGAAAUAUAGGGUGCCGGAGGCGGAAACCCUUGCUGAUGUGGCGACUCGUUGUAACGAGAGGAAGCUGGCCACUAGGCAUGUGAAGGAUGCGACUGACAAGCUUUACAUUUGGGUUCUGCUUAAAAACAAAGAGGUUCUAUAUUCGGAGGCCAGAGUUUUGGGUCUUGGACCAAAGUUUAUGUCUCUGUACAUCCCAAAGUUAGCUAUGGAGCGGCGUAUAUACUACGAUGACGUGGACGGCCUAAUGGCCGAGUGGCUAGACGCCACAUCAACCCUGGUGAUCAGCCAGUCAACUGUACAAAAACGGUCAACCAGGAAAAACAGCCCCGGAAAGUCUAGGUCAAUCGAGGAAGUUGCUCUGAUCGUCAGCCCAGCCGAACUGAGUCCAGACACAACGAAUUCAGGUGACAAGAACUCCGGGCUGCAGAGUUUUGGGUCGGGCCCAGUGGAGAAUGAGCCCGCUUUUUUCCCACUCACAGUUCAUCUCCUGUCCACGAUACCCAUUGCCGUGCAUGCCGUUGGAGGGGAUGAUGGACCUAUUGAUAUUGUAGCUAGGUUGUACAUGUGUUCCUAUUUUCACUAA